AUGAGAAUCUUUCGCUUCGAGCCGAAAACGCCGUCGUUUUCCUUUUCCCCCCACACUUCGUCACCCUCCGUUUCAAGUUCAACCGCAACACCUUCCACCAGCACGGACGAGAGCAUCGACGCAGCGGAAGCGCUUAUUCUAAAAUGGAACCCCGAAACCUCCGCGUACGCCAGAGUCACCUCUCUCUUCUACUACGAUAAAACAGAGGCCAUGCACUACAUCCACUGCGUUAACCACCUCCAUAAAACCAUGCACUCUUUGCUCGAACAAAACCCGUCCUCAAGAAAACUCAUCCACGCACAAAACCUUAUGCAAAUGGCAAUGAAGAGGCUUCAGAAAGAGUUCUACCAGAUUUUAUCCACUAACCGGGCCCACCUCGACCCCGAAUCUAUCUCCACCAGAUCUUCUCGCACUUCUUUCUGUUCAAACAGUUACGAUGACGCCACCCCGGAAGAAGAUGUUCACGAAGCAGGGGAUUCCCUCUCCGAAGUCGAACGCGUUUCUUCCGAGGCCAUGGCGGAUCUAAAAUCCAUCGCUGACUGCAUGGUUGCCAACGGUUACGCCAAAGAAUGCGUGCUCGUUUACACCACCAUGAGAAAAUCGAUCAUCGACGAAGGCAUUUAUCGUCUCAACGUGGAGGAGUUGAGCUCCUCCAAGGUGAACAAAAUGGACUGGGAAGUUCUUGAGCUGAAAAUCAAGAGUUGGUUAGAGGCGGUUAAGAUUUCUGUUAGGACGCUCUUCGCUGGAGAGAGGAUCCUCUGCGAUCACGUCUUCGGUGCUUCACAUUCCAUCAGAGAAGCUUGCUUCUCCGAGAUUUCCAGAAACGGAGCUACUAUCCUUUUCGGAUUCCCCGAACUCGUCGACAAAACGAAGAAAUCACCGCCGGAGAAGAUCUUCCGCUUGAUUGAUAUGUACGCAGCAAUCGCCGCGUUAUGGCCGGAGAUUGAAUCAAUCUUCUCGUUCGACUCAACCGCCGCUAUGAAAUCUCAAGCCUCCGCGUUGCUUCUCCGACUCGCUGAGUCUGUACGAACGAUUAUCUCGGAAUUCGAGACUGUGAUUCAGAAAGACUCUUCCAAAUCGCCUGCGAGUUUCGGCGGUGUCCAUUCUCUUACGACGCAAGUGAUGAAUCACCUAUCGAUUCUCGCGGAUUACAGCAACGUGCUCUCUGAGAUUUUCUUGGACGUGCCUCCGCCGCCGAACACGCCGCUGCCGGAACCUUACUUGUACAGUCCAGAAUCCAACGACCCGACGGCGACGGCGUUCUCGGUGCGGAUGGAGUGGCUGAUUCUGGUCCUCCUUUGCAAGAUUGAUAGUAAAUCGAGGCAUUGCAGGGACGUAUCGUUUUCUUAUCUGUUUCUCGCAAACAAUCUCCGGCACGUGGUGGCCAAGGUACGCAGGUCGAACUUGCAUUACGUACUCGGCGACGAUUGGGUGUUGAAGCACGAAGCUAAGGUGAAGCGGUUAAUAGCGAACUACAAGAGAGUAGCGUGGGACAAUGUUCUUUCGACCUUGCCGGAGAAUCCAGCGGCGGUUACGUCGCCGGCGGAAGCGAGAGUGGUGUUCGGGAACUUCAGUUUUGAAUUUGAAAGUGCUUAUCGGAAACAAAACACAUGCAUCGUGCCGGAAGAUGAGUUUCGAGAAGAAAUAAAGGCGUCUAUCGCGAGAAAAAUAACCCCGAUUUAUCGCGAGGUGUAUGAAACGCACCGCAUUGUAGUGGGAUCGGUGAGGGAAAUGAGAGAAUAUGUCACAUUUACCCCCAAAGAUGUUGAGAAUUACCUGUUAAAUCUCUUUUUGGAAAGAGCAAACUCUGGUACUGGAGGAAACAAUUCUUUUUUUGUAAGGAAAAAAUAG